AUGUUACUAUGGAAUGCAGACUCACAAUCAAUUCUAGGAGAGGGCGAGAACAAUGAGAGCUGGCCGGUGGAGGAGACCCUAAGCGAAGACAAUUCCACUGGCCCUUCCUCCAACUUUGCCCCUCGAGGGGCUUCCAAAUUUCAGGAGCGAGUUCGGAACAAGCUACCAAAACCUUUGGACCUACAACGUACAGGGCAAGGUGUUGUAAUUGGGAAACUUUAUGAUGCGUGCUCGUCGGCCCUCAACGCACGAAUUGCUCGAAGUGACAACCAGCGAUUUUUGGAACAGUUUGGCUACGUGAUCGUGGCUUCCCAGCUACUUAACGAGCACAGCGCCCCAUCCUACACAUCCGCCGCAGAUGUCCUGUCGGCUUCACACCCCGCGGAGCUUCCGUCCCUUUCCUCAACCUUUGGCAUGCAAGGUGCAAUAGUCACAGCGACUGCAUCUUUCUCAAUCGCUUGGUUACUGCAUUGGAGUCGAUCACGGACUGGUCCUGGGCUCAACCCCAGAAGGGUUGGAGUGCUUCUGAUUCUAGUACCGGUCGUGGGAGUUCUAUUUUAUGCCUUUGCAAAACGCCAAUGGCUGAAGUAUCUACGGCACCAGGCAGUCGAAGCCGCUGGGGCUUUCAUUACCAAUGCGCAGGGCUUCGAUUCCGCCGCAUCGGCCUCAGUGGUCUUUAUACAAGAGGUUGAGCUUGUUUCCAGAGGCACCCCCCUUCCGCCUAUCAGUCGGCUGGAGGAUCAAGUACAGACCCGGCGAUGCUUGAGAUUACGCCGGGCGGUCUCGGAAUGCUUUUACUCGAUGCUGGGCCGGUACAUUCAAUCGCAGAACACCCUGCGCCCACUUACCGAUGAGGGAAACCUUGCCAAAUAUUAUGAUAUCUACGAUAUUGGACUGGAGGACCUUGAAGCGAUCGAGGCAGCGUUGUCGCAUCGGGCUGCAGAUGAUCAAUAUUCGUUGCGUGCUCUCCGAGAUCUUUUUGGGAAGCUGUAUACCGUGAGGAAGAGCAUUUUAUGCUGUCUCUUGGCGCUCGGAGCCGAUGGAGGCGGGUCUGAUAUUACGAGGUGGAGUUCCGCGGUCGAGGAAAUGCGCCAGCUUGCUGCAGUCACUGGAGAAAGCAUGCUGAAAAUGACCAGCAUCCUGAAUGAAGAGGACCGCGAGACCAUCCCCCCAUCUCCGUUACCUACCGCCUCCCCAAGCAAGGACCACCUUCGAACACAAUUUCGAAAGCUGAACUCUCUUUCGCAAGGCAUUCGCGCCUUGCAUGCCAAAAUGCAUAUUAUAUGCGAGGAGUCUCAUGCUAACAUUGAGCGCCCCGAUGCUGGUGAUGUCGAGGAGACUCUCAUCGCACAAUACGAGUCGAUUGGCAGUGACAUUCGAGCCUUGCUCCAGGAAUGGGAAGCAGGAAAAGCCGCCAUCAUGCACAGCCAAGACCGGCUGAGCACUGUGAACCCUUCGCGACCAUCCAGUACAUUGAUCUCACCAUUAUCCCCGACCCCUAGUUUGGGAGGCACGACGGCGGUCGAGGGCAGCCCUACCGAUGCUCUCAAGGCCUUGAACGGUGAUGCACGGCCAGACUUAACACAUAGCUAUGAUGACGAGGAGGUUUUCGAAGCCGUUGUGUCUCCCUCUUCGAAAAAUAAGAGGGCGUCUUUGACCCGUGACGAACGUCUCGCACGCGUUCGAGAAGAUCGUGUGAGGCAAGCUGCCGCUCGAGAAAAGGUGGAUGCGAACACGAACAUGCUCAAGGAACUAGAGAUGGUCAUCAAGCAACGACCGCGGAACAGCCCCUCCAAAAGAGUGACAAGCAUUUAG